AGUGCCACCAAUGGAGUCCUGGCUGGUUGGCCAAGUGCCGGAAUGAUUCAGUUGCAAAAUUACUCGGCUUCGUAUCGCCCUGGUGUACUUCCCGACGUACUCAAGGACGUCACAUUCGUCGUCAAACCUGUAGAAAAGGUAGGAGUGGUGGGCCGCACCGGUGCUGGCAAGUCCUCCCUUGUUCUCGCACUUCUGCGCAUGCUCAGGCCGUCCGAAGGCCAAAUCCUCAUCGAUGGCGUCAACAUCGCUAACGUGCCACUUCGCAAGCUGCGCAGGAGUAUCACCGUCAUCCCACAGGAUCCAAGCCUUGUGAGAGGGACGUUGCGAAGAAACCUUGAUCCCACAAACUCCCACUCUGAUGCGGACAUCUGGCAAGCCUUGGAGCGUUCGCACCUUUCUGCGUUUGUGUCAUCUGACACCAAAGGGCUCCUUUUAGAGACUACCGACGGCGGCACAAAUCUCAGCGUGGGACAGCGGCAGCUGGUGUGCCUGGCACGGGCACUUCUGCGUCGAUCCAAGAUACUUCUGCUGGACGAGGCCACGUCGCAGAUGGACGGCGAUACGGACCGCCUGAUCCAGGCAACCCUGAGGGAGGCCUUCGCCAACUGCACCCUCCUCACCGUCGCGCACCGUAUCCACACUGUCCUGGACUAUGAUAGGAUUCUGGUAUUGGAAGAAGGAAAAGUCAAGGAAUUCGACUCCGUGCACGUGCUUCUCUCUGACUCAUCAUCUGCGUUCUACAGCAUGGCCGUGGAAGCUGGCAUUUGUGGCGUUGCGAGAAAGCCGAGCCUGAUCACGGCUGUUUUGUGAUAAGCUAUUAAUGUGUGUUCGUCAGAAAAUACUAAACUUCAGUGCGUAUGGACGGUGCUUACAUACCAAAAACACGAGGCAGUUAACAAGAACCCCCCUAGGCCCUCCCUUUCACAUCGCAACGAAUACUUACUUUCGGGGGUGUGAAAUAUAGUUUUGAUCCAUAAAGGAUUUAUGUUCCAGCUAAUAAAUUCUGGAAUAUUUACCUUACGAACUUAAAAUUCAUUUUUCCGCCAAGCAUAUUUUCGCCUAUUACAUCGAAAUGCUCAUGCUUUAUGCUCAUUCAUUACACAGUCUUUCGAAAUAUUUGCAUUUCGUCCUGUGGCGAAAUAUAUUUCCUAAUAUAUGUCCUUGUGCACCUAUUUUCGCAUAGUUAUACUUUCACGCAAAAGACGACGAUUGUCUGACGACGACGCAAUGAGAACGAUGCCGUCACAACCGUGGCCUAAUCAUUAUUGAAUGACGAAGAAAUAAUGACGUCAAUGAAACAACGAACGUUCUAUGACAAUACCGGCAUUAUGACAUCAAAUGGUAGGAAGACGGCAAGAUAUGACGACGACGACAUGAUAGGACAAUGGGUAAAGACGAUGGCUGUGAGGGCAUUGGCGGGACGGUGAUUGUGGGACGACCUCUGUAGGGGGACGAUGGAAUGGCCAUCGUACGACGCCUUGAUGACGAUGGCAUGACCAGAAUCGGAUGACUAAGCUGGAGUAACGACGGUGGAAUGAUUACUAUGGCAUCACGACGAUGACAUUGUCAACACUACUCUGGCACACAAAAAAAUAAUAUUGUAGUGAUUGUGAACGACAACACUGGCACAACACGUGUAACGAAACUAACUGCUUGUCGGGCGAAUCUGUGCCCAGCAAUACAAGUAAAACUCAGCACAGUGAUAGCUUCGAGCAUACUCGUCGAUCGUAGAACAUUUGAAGUGCGUAUCCGACACGUCGGCAAUUUAUACAUGACUCAUUGAACCUUUCAGCGCAAUUGCUGGUGCUCGCGUAGGUUCCAAGCAGUG